AUGGUCACGGCCUCCAGUGAUGUGGAUCCCAUAGUUUACAUCAAUGGAAAACGGUAUGUGCUCCCCCCUGGGCGCGCGGAGUGGACCCUGCUGCAAUACCUUCGAGAGGUGGGGCUGACAGGCACCAAGCUGGGGUGCGGGGAGGGCGGCUGCGGCGCCUGCACCGUCAUGGUCUCCACCUGUGAGCCUGACAGCUCCCUCCUGCACCGCGCCGUGAACGCCUGCCUGUGCCCGCUGUACGGCGUGGAGGGGGCCCACGUGGUCACCGUGGAGGGGCUGGGCAACCCGCGCGACGGCCUGCAUCCCGUGCAGGCCCGCCUGGCGCUGGCCCACGGGUCACAGUGCGGCUUCUGCACCCCCGGCUUCGUCAUGUCCAUGUAUGCCCUGCUGCGAAGCAAGCCCGAGCCCCCCACGGAGCAUGAGAUUGAGGAGGCGCUGGCAGGCAACCUCUGCCGCUGCACCGGGUACCGCCCCAUCCUGGACGCCUUCCGGGCCUUUGCCAAGGUCGACCCGGGGGCGUACACGGAGGAGGCGCUGGCGGCGCACAAGGCCAAUGGCAUGGAGGCGCCCGUCGUCCCCGCCCCAACCAACGGCGCCGUCUGCCCCAGCACCGGGAAGCCCUGCGACUGCGGGGGGGUGGUCAGCCACUCGGAGGACAAGGGGCAGGGCAUGGGUCCUACAACUCGGACCCCGGGCAAGCAGUCGGCCGAGCCCAUCUUCCCUGCGGAGCUGCGCAGGCGCAGGCCCCAGGAGCUGAGCAUCCCCGGCCCGCAGGCGGCCUGGUUCCGACCCACCACCCUGGAUCGUCUGCUGGAGCUGAAGAAAGAGUACCCCCAUGCCAAGCUGGUCAUCGGGAAUACGGAGGUGGGCAUCGAGCUCAAGUUCAAGCAUGCCGCCUACCCCGUGCUGAUCGGCGUGACACAUGUCGCCGAGAUGAACGAGUUGACCCCGGGGGAGAAGGGCGUGACGGUGGGCGCGUCGGUGACGCUGACCCGCCUGAUGGAGUCCUUUGCCGCGCUGCGCGCCAGCGUGGCGCCUCACCAGCGCCCCGUCCUGGCCGCGGUGGUUGAGCAGCUGCGCUACUUUGCGGGGCCACCCAUCCGCAACACGGCGGGCUUGGGGGGCAACGUGGCCACCGCCUCCCCCAUCUCCGAUCUGAACCCGCUGUGGAUGGCAGCGGGGGCCACCUUCUUCCUCCGCGGCCGGGGCACACCGGAGCGCGCCGUCUCCGCCCGCGACUUCUUCCUGGGCUACCGCACCGUAGACAUGCAACCCCAUGAGGUCCUGGUCAAGAUCUUCGUGCCCUAUACCGCCGAGCACGAGUACAUCAAGGAGUUCAAGCAGGCGCACCGUCGCGACGACGACAUCGCCAUCGUGAACGCCGGCAUCCGCAUCCGCAUGGCGCCCAGCGGGGAGGAAGGGGCCUGGGUGGUGGCCGACGCAUCCCUUGCCUUUGGCGGCGUGGCGGCCAAGAGCAUCAUGGCCCCCCGCGCCGCCGCCGCGCUGGUCGGCCAGCCGCUGGACCCUGCCGCCGUGCAGCGCGCCCUGGCAGCGGUGCGGGAGGAGGUGGUCAUUGCCCCCAGCGCGCCCGGCGGCAUGGUGGAGUUCCGCCAGUCCCUAGUUUCUUCCUUCCUGUUCAAGGCCAUCGUGCACGCCGCGCACGCCCUGGCCGAGGACGUGGAGGCCUACGCCAGCGCCUUCCCGCCCUCCUACGCCUCGGCCAUCACGCCGUACAGCCGCCCGCCCAGCUACGGGCUGCAGUACCACUCCGCGGUACCCGAGGAGGACGUGGUGGGGCAGCCAUACCGGCACAUGGCCGCCGACUUGCAGGUCUGCGGCGAGGCGCAGUACACCGACGACAUCCCGCCCCCACCGGGAACGCUUCACGCAGCCCUGGUCCCCUCCACCCAGGCCCACGCCCGGCUGCUGGGCGUGGACAAGGGGCCCGCCCUGCUCGUCCCCGGCGUCGUCGGCGUGUUCACGGCCGAAGACGUGCCGGGGGGGAACGAUAUCGGGGCCGUGGCACACGACGAAGAGCUCUUUGCCACGGAGAUCGUGCCAUGCGUAGGGCACCCCAUCGGCGUGGUGGUGGCCGAGACGGAGGCGGCGGCCCGCGCCGGCGCCCGCGCCGUGGCCGUCCGCUACGAGCCGCUGCCGGCGCUCCUGGACAUCGACGACGCCAUCGCGGCCGGCAGCUUCAUUGAGGGCUGGGGGCACAGCGUGCACAGCGGGGACUGCGCCCUGGCCCUGGAGGCGAGCGACGUCGUGCUGGAGGGCUGGGUCAAGAUGGGCGGCCAGGAGCACUUCUACCUGGAGCCCAACGCCAGCCUGGUGAUCCCUGGCGAGGGCGGGGAGGUGACCUCCUUCUCCUCCUCCCAGUGCCCCGACAAGCACCACCGCUACCUGGCACACGUCCUGGGCCUGCCCAUGCACAAGGUGACGGUGCGCACCAAGCGCCUGGGCGGCGGUUUCGGGGGCAAGGAGACGCGCAGCGCGUUCGUCAACGCCGCCGCGGCAGUGCCCGCGCACCUCCUGCGCCGCCCGGUGCGCAUCUGCCUGGACCGGGACGAGGACAUGCACAUCACGGGGCAGCGCCACGCCUUUGCCGCCAAGUACCGCAUCGGGCUGAGCUCUGCCGGGGAGAUCCGCGCGCUGGACGUGGACAUCUACAACAACGCGGGCUAUUCCCUGGACCUGUCCUUCAGCAUCAUGGACCGCGCGCUGACCCACAUCGACAGCGUGUACCGCAUCCCAGCCAUCCGCGCGCAGGCGAGGGGGUGGCAGGGGGGAUGGGGGAUGGGCUGGCUGUGCAAGACCAACCAGUCCACACACACCGCCUUCCGUGGCUUCGGGGGGCCUCAGGGCAUGCUGAUCAUGGAGCAGAUCAUGGAGAGGGUUGCCAAGGAGAUGGACAUACCGCUCAACACCCUGCGCGAGCGGAACAUGUACAAUGAGGGGGACGUGACGCACUUUGGCCAGCGGCUGGAGGGGUGCCAGGCCCGGCGCUGCUGGGAGGAGGUGCACACCCUGUCUGGCUGGGCAGCGCGGGAGGCCGACGUGGCGGCCUUCAACGCCGCCAACCGCUUCCGGAAGCGGGGCCUGUCCCUGCUCCCCACCAAGUUUGGCAUCUCCUUCACCACCAAGUUCAUGAACCAGGCUGGGGCCCUGAUCCACUGCUACACGGAUGGCACUGUUCUGGUGACUCAUGGCGGCGUGGAGAUGGGCCAGGGGCUGCACACCAAAGUGGCCCAGGUGGUGGCGCAUGCCCUGCAGAUUCCCCUCGCCCAGGUGUACAUUGCCGAGACAGCCACAGACAAGAUCCCAAACGCAUCACCCACCGCCGCGUCCGCCUCUUCCGACCUGUAUGGCGCUGCGGCGGCAGAUGCAUGCGCCCAGCUCAAUGCCCGGCUGGAGCCCUACAGGGCUAAACUUCAGGACAAGAGCUUCAAGGACAUUGUGAACGCUGCUUACUUGGAUCGCGUGGAUCUCUCGGCGCACGGCUUCUACAGCACGCCCGACAUUGGCGGCUUUGGGAGCGAGAAGCCCUACAACUACUUUUGUUAUGGUGCCGCUGUGGCGGAGGUGGAGGUGGACACCCUGACCGGCGACUUCCACGUGCUCCGUGCUGACGUGGUGAUGGAUGUGGGCAAGAGCCUGAACCCCGCGAUUGACAUUGGACAGGUGGAGGGCGCCUUUGUCCAGGGCAUGGGAUGGUCUUGCAUCGAGGAGCUGGUGUGGGGGGACAAGAAGCAUCCCUGGGUUAAGCCAGGCUGGCUCUUUACGCGUGGUCCGGGGACGUACAAGAUCCCGUCCGUCAACGACAUCCCGGUCGACUUUCGGGUGAUGCUGCUGCGCAAUUCUCACUGUCACAGGACGCCCCAGGUGCACUCCUCCAAGGCCGUCGGGGAGCCUCCCUUCUAUCUGGGAGCUUCCGUCUUUUUUGCACUGAAGAACGCAGCCUAUGCUGCUCGCCAGGAUGCCGGUCUAGAGGGCUGGUUCCGCCUGGACUCCCCGGCGACUCCAGAGCGCAUCAGGAUGGCGUGCUGCGAUGAGCUGUCGGGCCCCUUUGCAGGCCCAGACUUCCAAGCCCUGGCCAGCUGCUGA